AUGGUGGACUCAUUGGUGGCCGACCAAAUGACUCGCCUGACACUCAAACUCUUGGAAAAGAAGCUGGAGUGUGAGCGUGAGAACAUGGAAGGGGAAUCUGAAGUCCCACAUCUUGUGGCAGGAGAGGAGGCCAGGCCAGAUGAUGCCCUCCAGAUUGCCCUGAGGAGAAGGAAGGAGCUCCUGCAGAGACUCUGGGAACAGCACCUCCUGGAGGAGCUCUCUCGGGCCCACACCUGGAGGGGGACAGAGAGACGGGCCUGGGGGUCAGAGGUGCCCCCUGUGUUGGGCCACCCUGCCACCUCUACGCUACCGCCCCCACCAGGCCCAGAGCCACCCCGGAUCAUCCAGCACUCAGUACCCCAGCCACCUGCCACCAUCAUUCAACAGCUACCUCAUCAGCCUCUCAUUGCACAGAUUCCUGCCCCCCAGACCUUCCCCACUCCUAGGUCUGGGAGUAUUAAGGAAGACAUGGUGGAGAUGAUGCUGAUGCAGAACGCCCAGAUGCACCAGAUUAUCAUGCAAAACAUGAUGCUCAAGGCUCUGCCACCUGCUGCACUGGCUGCCCCAGGGCCACAGAUCACCGCCCUGCACCCCACCCCACAGGAUCCGCAGUGGGCACACCCUGUCUUCCAGCGAGCAGAAAAGCAGAGGCUGGCCUCGGUGCACCACCAUCACCACUAUGCACCCCCAGCCCCACUACAAUCCAUCUCCACACCUGGGACCCCUAUGAGCUACCCCAUGUGGCCAUCAGUUGUUGCAGCCACGGCACUCCCACAGGCCGCCAACUUUCAGCCCACAGUGCGCCAUGUGGCUGGCCCUAUGGCUGCUGCUACCCUGCCCGUCCUUAAUUCGUAA